AUGGCACCAGCCUCACCAGCCGGCUCUACCAGCCUAGACGAAUUGUCCAGGCCAUCGUCGGCAGCUUCCGACCGUUCGGAAGGCAGCUUCUUGCCGCUUACGCGGCUUUUUCCGCCACAAAAACCAGUGGCAGUUCAGGUAAGUAAUACUAACAAAAUUUUUUUACUCUGUCUUACUCCAUCAUACAACCCUUUGCUCUACCCUGCCUUACUCUGCCUAAUUUUACCUUGCCCUACCUUAACAUAUCGUACCUUUACUUACGUUACCUUACUCUACCUUACGUUACCCUACACCCCUCUACCCCACCCCACCAUAUUCUGCCUUAUCCUACCAUACCCUUAACCUAACCUAACAUAACAUUUAUUUUUGCACUUUCAGCCACGCCUAUCUCGUAAGAGAUCAUGGAAUGAAGGCCCUAAUGCCGACGUCCAUAAGCUUCUGGACGACUUGGAACGCGAGUUCCAAGUAAUCAAAAUCAAGCAACUGUGUUGCUCGAACGCCAGACAGCGAGCCGCCCUCAAAAUAGAAAUAGAUUGUGUGAUGGCCAAGUUCGCGGCUAUCAAGGAGCACUGCCAGGCAAAGAUGGCCAAGUUGAAGAAGACACAACAUCAAGAAUAG